UAGAUUGGAGCGGCGUGACACACGUGUGGAGGAAGUGCAGGGACAUCAGUGAAGCAGCAGCAGCCGCCUCCUCCUCUCUGCCCCUGUCUCCGUCCACAGCCCCGGACACUCGGACCUCUCUUCCUCCUCUGCGGACAUGUCGUGGCUGUUCGGCCUGAACCGGGGGCAGCCCGAGGCCCCGGCUCAGCCUCCACCACCGCCGCCGGCCGGAGGCUCCAGCGGCGGCGGAGAUAAACCCAAGGACAAAUGGAGCAACUUCGAUCCCACCGGGCUGGAGCGAGCUGCAAACGCGGCCAAGGAGCUCGACAAAUCCCGACAUGCCAAAGAAGCUCUGGAAUUGGCUCGUAUGCAGGAGCAGAGCACCCAGAUGGAGCACCAGAGCAAAAUGAAGGAGUACGAAGCAGCGGUCGAGCAACUCAAAGGCGAACAGAUAAGAGUCCAGGGUGAGGAGAGGAGGAAGACUCUGAAUGAGGAGACCAAGCAGCAUCAAGCGAGAGCUCAGUACCAAGACAAGCUGGCCAGACAGAGAUAUGAGGAACAACUCAGGCAACAGCAAAUCCUGAAUGAUGAGAACCUCCGCAAACAGGAGGAGUCUGUACAUAAGCAGGAGUCCAUGAGGAAAGCGACGAUCGAGCACGAGAUGGAGCUGAGGCACAAGAACGAGCUCCUGCGUAUAGAAGCCGAAUCCAAAGCUCGAGCCCGCGUGGAGAGAGAGAACGCUGAUAUCAUCCGUGAGCAGAUCCGUCUGCGGGCUGCAGAACACAGACAGACGGUGCUGGAGUCCAUCAAAACCGCUGGUGCUGUGUUCGGAGAAGGAUUCAGAGCCUUUAUUUCAGACGGGGACAAAGUUGUAGCCACGGUGGCAGGAUUGACCCUUCUAGCUGUUGGCGUGUAUUCAGCCCGGAACGCGACGGGGGUGGCAGGACGCUUCAUCGAGGCGAGGCUUGGGAAGCCGUCGCUGGUGCGAGAGACGUCCCGAUUAACUGUGGGAGAGGCAAUCAAGCAUCCAGUCACGACGACUAAACGACUAAGGAGCAAACCUCAGGAUGCACUUGAGGGAGUUGUGCUCAGUCCUUCCCUUGAAGAGCGUGUGCGUGACAUCGCCAUAGCAACCAGAAACACUAGGCAGAAUAACGGCCUCUACAGGAACAUCCUCAUGUACGGCCCGCCAGGCACUGGCAAAACGCUGUUUGCUAAGAAGCUGGCAAUGCAUUCUGGGAUGGACUAUGCAAUUAUGACUGGCGGCGAUGUAGCACCCAUGGGUCGUGAUGGUGUGACCGCCAUGCAUAAAGUCUUCGACUGGGCAAGCACAAGUCGCCGCGGGCUGCUGCUGUUUGUGGAUGAAGCUGAUGCCUUCCUACGCAAGAGAUCCACAGAGAAGAUCAGUGAAGACCUCAGAGCCACUUUGAAUGCCUUCUUGUAUCGCACUGGAGAGCAGAGCAAUAAGUUCAUGCUGGUGUUGGCCAGUAACCAGCCAGAGCAGUUUGACUGGGCCAUAAACGACCGUAUCGAUGAAAUAGUGAAUUUUGCUCUGCCGGGCCCUGAGGAGAGGGAGAGGCUGGUGCGGUUGUACUUUGACAAAUAUGUGCUGGAACCCGCAACUGUAGGGAGACAAAGGAUGAAGCUGGCACAGUUCGACUAUGGAAUCAAAUGCUCUGAGAUUGCGAAGAGGACAGGUGGCAUGUCAGGAAGGGAGAUCUCCAAGCUGGGUGUGGCCUGGCAGGCGGCAGCAUAUUCUUCUGAAGACGGCGUCCUGACCGAGGCUAUGAUUGACGCUCGUGUCGAAGACGCUGUCAAGCAACACAUUCAGAAGAUGGACUGGCUGCUUGGAGAGGAGGAUUCCAAGACCCUUACGCCUUUCUCAGCUGGGGCAACAACCGCUGGAGGCAAAAUGGGCUUCAAUCUGCCCCUUAGUGAGGCACCUCAGGCCCAGCAGGUGGUCGCUCCAGCCCUGGAGAUGAGCGCAAAGCCAGAGGUUGACACUAUCCCUCCUCUUUCAGACAUCACUCAGGUGAUCGCUCCAGCCCUCGCAAUGAGCGCAAAGCCAGAGGUUGAGAUGAUGCCUCCUCCUUCAGAAAUCGAACAGGUGAUAGAUCCAGCCCUGGAAAUGAGUGCAAGGCCUGAGGUUGAGAUGAUACCUCCUCCUUCAGAAAUCGAGCAGGUGAUAGAUCCAGCCCUGGAAAUGAGUGCAAAGCCAGAGUUUGAGAUGAUACCUCCUCCUUCAGAAAUCGAACAGGUGAUCGCUCCAGCCCUGGAAAUCAGCACAAAGCCAGAGGUUGACACCGUACCUGCUCCAGAAAUCGAGCAGGUGAUCGCUCCAGCCCUGGAAAUCAGCGCAAAGCCAGAGGUUGACACCAUACCUGCUCCAGAAGUCGAACAGGUGAUCACUCCUGCCCUGGAAAUCAGCACAAAGCCAGAGGUUGACACUAUAGCUCCUCCUUCAGAAAUCGAGCAGGUGAUCGCUCCAGCCCUUGAAAUCCGUGCAAAGCCAGAGGUUGACACCAUACCUCCUCCUUCAGAAGUCGAACAGGUGGUGGAUCCAGCUCUGGAAUUGAGCACAAAGCCAGAGGUUGACACCAUACCUCCUCCUUCAGAAGUCGAACAGGUGAUUGAUCCAGCUCUGGAAUUGAGCACAAAGCCUGAGGUUGACACUAUACCUCCUCCUUCAGAAGUCGAACAGGUGGUGGAUCCAGCUCUGGAAUUGAGCACAAAGCCUGAGGUUGACACCAUACCUCCUCCUUCAGAAGUCAAACAGGUGGUUGCUCCUGCCUCAGAGGUGUAUGCAAAGCAAGAAGUUGACAGUACACCAACUUCUUCAGACAUCGACCAAUCAGCAGAGGACAAAAGUGUCAGUCAAGAUGCUGCCAAAGCAGAAUCUGUGAAAGCACCUGAGAGUUUAGCCGAGCCUGCUAGUGUAACUGACAGCGAGGGCAAGGUGAAAGCAGAUGGCAAGACUGAAUCCACUCCUCCUAAGGAUGGAACUCCAGUUUGAUUUGUUCACUGGUGUGGCCUGGAUAUGAGAGAUUAGUGUCCUGUCACUUUAUCUAUUCUGUCAGUUUAUCUGCAAAAGCCUGCUGGACUGUCAUUCAUGACAGAAGAUGACUUCAUAGGCUUGUAUGUAGGGGGAAUAAUUAAUUAACAUUUCAUCACAAACAAUAACUGAGACUCUUUGAUUCUAAUAAAAAAAUGUAAAAGUGAACUUUACAUUGAAACGAGUGUAAGAACAGUAUAUAAAUGUUGUGUCUCUUGAACUGAUUAAAUGGGUGUUUGUUUUU